CGAUUAAUAGGCAACACCACAACACUACUAGGUAAAAAAAAAACUUUAUACGGACUGAGUCGCAACUCUCACCAACAUAGUUCUUUAAAUUAUAUCGCUUAUAUUUAUUUAAUUUUAAAAUGUUUCACACGAAUAGGAAUAGUUUAAUAUGUAUACUAAUUGCUUGUUUUGUAAUGUUUACGUUGGGACAUUCGCAUUCACAUUCACAUGUGGACGAACCGCCAGCAUUUAAAUAUUCUAAAGAUGCCAACGAACAAUACAAAAUAACAAAGGAAGAAAAAUCGGUGACAAAUUACGAUAUUUAUGUGAAAGCUCUGUCUUCGACACUCUUUAUAAGUGUGGUGCCUUUUUUUAUCCUUUUUUUUAUUCCCAUUGAUGGAACUAUUGAAAAGCAACCCUUACUUAAAAUUUUGUUAUCAUUUGCUUCCGGUGGUCUUCUCGGAGAUGCAUUUCUACAUUUAAUACCACAUGCUCUUGUUCCUAGCGCAACUGAAUCAGGCCACAGUCAUUCACAUUCACACUCAAAUGAAUCUGAAACACAUGAACCUCAUGAUAUAUCAGUGGGGUUGGGUGUACUUGGUGGAAUUAUCACAUUCUUAGUGGUAGAGAAAGCUGUGCGAUUAUUUAGUGAAGAUCAUGGACAUUCACAUGGAACUGAAAAAAAGAAAAAUGAUGAUAAAUCUAAAAAGAAAAGUAAAGAUAAAAAGGAUGAAAUUAAAAUUGCCGGAUACCUAAAUCUUGCUGCAGACUUCACACACAACUUUACAGAUGGAUUAGCUAUUGGAGCAUCAUUUAUUGCAGGAAACAGUAUAGGAUAUAUAACUACUGUAACAAUAUUGUUGCAUGAAAUACCUCAUGAAAUUGGUGACUUUGCUAUACUUGUGCAAUCAGGUUGUUCAAGAAAGAAAGCUAUGUUUUUGCAACUAUUAACAGCAUUUGGUGCAGUAUCAGGAACAUUUUUAUCCAUUUACCUUCAGGGUUCAAGUGAAGGCCUUGUGUCAUCCCUUAUUCUACCUUUCACUGCUGGAGGCUUUAUUUAUAUUGCUACUGUGUCAGUCAUUCCAGAGCUAUUAGAAAGUUCAAACAAGUUGUCACAAUCUAUUAAAGAAAUUUUAGCUCUUUUAGCUGGUGUUUACAUGAUGGUGAUUAUAGCUCAAUAUGAAUAAAAACUUAAUUACAAAAUAGCAACUUUUAAUUGUUUAUAAAUUUAUUGUAAAUAAUGUUUAGUGAAUAUAUAUCACUAUAUUUUAUUAUUUAUCUACUUAUUAGUGUAAAUAAUAAAAUAUUUGUUUACAUGUUCAUCAAUAUUACCGAAAAGUUUUAAGCCUAUAUAGGCUUAAAACUUUUCAGACAAUAUUUGCAUAGAUCAUCAUAAUGUAAACCAUUAAAAUGUCACAUUAAUUAAAAUGAACAAUAUACAAUACUUCAUAUUCGUUAUAAUUAUUCAUAUGAAAAAGUUUUACAUUUGAUUAUUUAUGAAAAAUCUUGAUACAAACCAGAAAAAAAACUGUAAAAUAAAUAGAUACAUGAAGGACUUUAUAUAGCAUCCUGCCCUGUCUACUUUUCUAAUACUAUAUAUACUUUGCUCGGAGAUAUAAGUAAACUUGUCUACAGAUCUAAAAGCAGUAUCUAACAAAUUAUUUUGUACUUAUCUAUAUUUACUUUUUUUAACUAUUACUCUAUUAACCAAGAAACUAAAAAAAUAUAUUGUUAAAGCUAAAUAAAAAUGUAUAAAUAAAUAAAUAUAUAUAUAUAGGUUAAAGCAUGUUACUAUCAUUUUUGUAGAUUUAUUACUUUUUAUUUUUUGAAUAUAAUAAAUCUAAUAUCAAUAAACAUAAUAUUAAGCAAAAAUAUAUGUGUACAGAAUUUUAUUGUUAAAUAUAAUUCUUUAGAAAAAUAAA